AAACUCAAUGAGAGCGGUGCAGGAUCCUCGAAGGGGCCCCUUGGAGGUUGUUCGCCCGAAACACUCAAUGCUCCAGCUUGGCCCCCGGAAAAUCACCCCGUCGAUGGAGAAGGACACCUGGACCCUUUAAUGCGACCCUCAUCAUUUCAUCAGCCUUUUUCAUCUUCAUCCCCGUUCUCUUUGACCCUGUCUUAACCUUGUUUUUACUUCAGUCCUAUUCCCGCCGAGGUUUCCAGUCAUCUGCCAGUUUGUGAACCCAGAGACUCACAACCCCGAUUUCACUGCUUGCCGCCUACACCAUGUUGGACAUAUAUCAGCUGAACCUCGCCGGCUUGCUCCUUGCCUGUGGCGCCCUCUUUGCCUCGGGAAGACAGGAAAAGCAAAAACUCGCUAGGAAAGAUGUAAAGAAGGACGCGAAGCAGAAGCAGAAGCAGAAGCGGCAAGGCUCUCAAUGGGCAUUCUACGUCGUCUACGCCCUCGUCAUGGGCUCGGACUGGCUGCAGGUAGCAUUACUCACUCCCCAGCAAGCAGUAUCGCAACGCUCACACUGA